UCUUGCCAAUCAGAGAGUCUCUUCCUCAGACCCCUCCCCAACUUCAGGCAGAUUUAUAGUGGCCCUCUGCUCGGCUCUAAUGUUCCACACAGCUGCAGGAUUAUGGCACCAGGAAAGAAGGGAGUGUUGGAGCGUCUGGACGCUGGAGAGGUGGUGAUCGGUGAUGGAGGCUUUGUAUUUGCUCUGGAGAAGAGAGGAUACGUGAAGGCUGGGCCAUGGACACCUGAAGCUGCUGCAGAGUACCCUGAAGCAGUGCGUCAGCUGCACAGGGAGUUUCUGAGGGCCGGAGCCAACGUCAUGCAGACCUUCACCUUCUACGCCAGUGAUGACAAGCUGGAGAACAGGGGCAACAAGCUCACCUUCACUGGUGCUCAGAUCAACGAAGCCGCCUGUGACCUGGCCCGUGAGGUUGCCAAUGAGGGCGAUGCUCUGGUAGCAGGUGGAGUGUGUCAAACUCCAUCCUACCUGAGCUGCAAGAGCGAGACAGAGGUGAAGGCCAUCUUUAAGAAACAGCUGGAUGUUUUCAUCAAGAAGGACGUGGACUUCCUCAUUGCUGAGUACUUUGAGCACGUUGAAGAGGCUGUGUGGGCUGUGGAGGUGCUGAAGGAGACAGGGAAGCCUGUGGCCGCUUGUCUGUGUAUUGGACCAGAUGGAGACAUGCACGGCAUCUCCCCUGCAGAGUGUGCCGUCAAGCUGGUUAAGGCUGGUGCCCAGAUUGUUGGAAUCAACUGCCACUUUGACCCCAUGACCUGCGUGAAAGCUGUCAAGAUGAUGAAGGAGGGAGUGGAGAAGGCUGGGCUGAAGGCUCACUACAUGGUGCAGCCCCUGGCUUUCCACACACCUGACUGCAGCUGUCAGGGAUUCAUCGACCUGCCAGAGUUCCCCUUCGGUCUGGAGCCCAGGAUCCUGACCCGCUGGGACAUGCACCAGUACGCCAGAGAGGCCUUUAAUUCCGGCAUCCGCUUCAUUGGUGGCUGCUGUGGGUUCGAGCCUUAUCACAUCCGGGCCAUUGCAGAGGAGCUGGCACCUGAGAGAGGAUACCUCCCCGCUGCAUCAGAGAAGCACGGAAACUGGGGUGCUGGUCUGGAGAUGCACACAAAGCCCUGGGUUAGAGCCAGAGCCCGCCGUGACUACUGGGAGAACCUGAAGACAGCCUCUGGCCGUCCCCUGUGCCCCUCCCUCUCUGUCCCUGAUGGCUGGGGUGUCACGAAGGGCCACACUGAUCUCAUGCAGCAGAAAGAGGCCACCUCUCAGGACCAACUCAAGCAGCUGUUCGACAGAUCAAAACCCCAAUGAGUCAAUCAGUCUUCUUCAGACUGAGCCAAAUAACCGUGCCGUGCAGAUACUGAUGCUGCACAUAAGUGUGUGUGCUGUCUGUUUACAAAGCUGCACCGAACAACUGUAAUGUCAGGGGCCGAUUCUUCACUUGAGACUGCAACUGUACUGUGCAUAUGUUGAAACUGUAGUUAAUGUGAAGCCACAGCCCUGUUUCAAUUGAAGAGUCAGCUUGUGCUAAGAUUGGGACCUUUUUGCUCUUCAUGGACCAGUUUGUUUAAUCUAAUAAAGAUCUAAUAAAAUGUGAAAUGGUCACUGAA